UUUCUUAUACUAGGCGCUCUUUCACUGCAUACAUGUGUGUUCGGUGCCUUGAUAAAACCCGUAAAACGACCGGAGAUUACUGAAAAACAGCCAAUUUUGGAUAUAACUCCAUUUAAAAAGAAAGGGUACGUGUUGCUGUGUGUAAAUGUGUUCUUAUAUUGUUGCGGGAUAUCGGCUCUGUACGUACAUUUAGUUGCGCAUGCGGAAACGAUCGGGUUUGACGCGGACCAUAGCGCCGCUCUCAUAUCAGGACUUGGCUUAGCGAACCUAAUUGGACGCUUUGCAUAUGGCGCUAUUGCUCAACAUCCAAGAUGCAAUGCUUUUGUUCUCUAUGGCGGAUCGUUUAUUUUAUCUGGGAUAUUCAUAUGUCUUAUACCUGCAACGACGAAUUACUGGGUAAUUUUGAUAUUUGCACUGUGUUUUGGGCUGCUCUCUGGGUGUUUUGGAACACUCUUAGUCCCCAUACUUAUCAGCCUUUUAGGCCUUCACAGAUUUGCAAAUGGAUACGGAUGUCUUUUAAUCUUCAUGGCGGCAGGUCAACUUAUCGGAGCUUCUUUAGCAGGAGCAAUGUACGACCUCACUGGAUCCUACACGUUUUCGUUUGUUGUAGGAGGAUCAUUGGCCAUUGUUAGUGGUUUCGUCAUGAUUCAACCGUAUUGUUACGUAAAGCAUCACAACAAACAUGACGUCAUCUGUGAAAUUGCGGUGGAAGAAAAGAACGCUCUUGCAGACUCAACUGACUUAAACCCGCUGUCUUUCAGAUCACACAGGGAUAUUGUUAACAUGACAGUUUCGCUUGAAAGUCUUUCAGCUGUGAAACGAAUAUUGGACAUACAGAGGUCAAGGUUAUCUUUAAAUGUGCCGAAAAACAACGUGGACAUGAAUGGUGUAACAAAGUUUAGAAACCGCGGCAAGCCGGUCCAUAAGGUUGUGCAGGCCCUUAAAGUGUUCGGCUCAACCGACACCGUAUAG